AUGGCCGAAGUCCAAGGCUCUGGGAAAGGUACAAACUGCAGGAAAACCAAAGUGAGAACAGACUAUUCCAAAGCCACCAGAAGUUUUCGUGCUCCCCUGAGUGUGAGGAAAGUUGGCGGGAAGGGGGGCGGGGAAGAAGGAGGGAGUUUGCGCAUUGAGUCCAACACCUGUGGCCAAUGGGAGGCGGGGAGAAUUGGAGCUGCCCCAAGGAGUUGCUUGGAAAGCCCGGAAGUGGGCGGGUCCAUGAUGACAGUUUCCUACAUUGGAUCUUAUAUUAAUAACUUUGAAGAAAUUGUUCCAAGUUCAAAUCCAUCCUCUCAAACUGACAUAGAGGAGAACUGUUUGCUAACUCAGAAUGAGGACAGGGAAAUCUUCCACCCUGUCACUUGUUCUGAAGGAGGGCCAACUCUUCAAGAUUUUUAUAUUGAAGAUGAAGUAAUUUUUGUAAAUAAUUUGGUAGAAUAUAAAAAGCAGCUGCCUACUUUGAAUAACCUUUUGAGUAGACUAAAUGUAUUUUUAUUAAAAGAUCCUUGUUUAGAUUUCAAAGAGCAGCAGAUCCUCAUAGAAGCUGAUCAUUUCAGGGAAUAUUUCCCUUUUCAAAGUGGAAAUAUUUUCAUGGAAGUCUAUGAAAAAGAAGAAUUAAAUAUGAUUAAGGAGCUCUUUGAAGAUGAAAAGGUCAGCGAUGUUUUUCUCCAGAUCAUCAAUGCGACUGCUUAUAUCAUCAAUUCGGCCAAUUAUCUUGUCCGACAUGGUCUGAAAUUUGUCCUGCAUCUGUUGGAGAAGUUGCCACAAACCGAAGAACCUGUAAUUCACUAUUCAGUUACAGAUUUGAAAAAAAUGUUUUCUACUGAAGUAGAAAGCCAUAUGCUUGAUUCACUGGAAGAAGAGUGGUGGAAACAAGAGGGGCUGAGCACGAUGACAGAUACAUUGGAACACCAUACCCCAGCUCUGUGUCAUCACAACCUGCUUCCAACACAAGAGGAGAUGUUGUCUAUAAAACCACUUCAGCUAAAGUGUAAAAAAUGUAAAGAUAAUUUGGAUCCAUUGAGCAACUUUAUCAUCCUGAGAAACAAACAUAUGGCCAUGCUAUCAGAACCCCAAGUUAUUAUGGCUGCUGGCCAAAAUAAAGAAUCCAAAUUGCAAAGUGAAGAAGAAUAUAAUCUUACUCUAGAAGAAGAGAGUCCUGCUGUUUGUAGAGAGCCAUCCCCUGAGAAAAAUCAGGAAAAGGAGAUGAAUAAUGUCAUUGAAAUUCAAGCAACUGAUAGUCAGUGCCAGGCAUACAGUCUCUUAGAAGCAGUAGCUACUCCUUUAUUAAAAGAACUUGCCGACCAUGCUUGCCUCCUUGCAUCAAACUGGAAAUUUGCUACUCUUGGCUUUGACCAAACUAGAUUUUUCUUAAAGCAGCAAGAAAAAGUAAUAAAUGAUAUUUUUCUUCAAGGUAAAAAUGAUGAAAAAGAAAUAACAUUCAAACAUGCAGCACUGGUCCAUCUUUUGGUAACAGUUCGAGAUCUCCUUUUAAUGUGUACCUUGGACACAGCAUUGGGAUAUUUACGGAAAGCAAAAGAUGUUUACAAAAGCAUGUUAGGUUCCUAUUUGGAGAAUAUUUGGAGACAGCUUGAGAUUGUACAGUUUAUCAGGAAGAAAGAGGCUGAAACCAACCACAAAGAACAACAGUUAUAUUGUCAGAUGUUACAUUUUGUACAAACAAACAAUACAGAAGAACUGCAAUUUAAGGUGCUAAUUAUAACAAGAAUGGACUCAGAUGAUGAACAUUAUUUCCUUAUUAAAACACUUAGCAAAAUAAAAGAUAAUGCCUUCUUCAAAAUUACCAACAACUACUUAUUUGCCAAAUUUGAUUAUUUUUUCUCAGUCCUCAUACAUCUUACUACAUUCUUCACUGUUGACUGCCCUGAAAGAUAUUCUCUAAACUGGGUUUACAUCUUUAUAUCCCUCAAGAAAUGUUCCUGCAUGGUUGUACAUAAUCAACAUAUUGGACCUGACUUUCCCUGGACUCAGUUCUCAUUCAUGUUGGAAUAUAAUUAUGUAGAAAACUCUUGCUGGAUUAAACAUUGUGAACAAUUGGAUAUUCCUUACAUGGCCUUUAAAACAGUUCUCCCAGAUGAAGUUUUUAAAAAAAGUGCCUCACUGGACAGAUUUGGCGGUUUUCUUUUGGAAAUUCAAAUCCCAUAUGUGUUUCUUACAUCUGAAGGACUUCUUAAUACACCAGAAAUACUUCAGCUACUAGAAUCCAACUACAAUAUAACUCUAGUGGAAAGAUGUUGCAGUGAGUCCUUGAAACAAUUUGGGGAUACAGAUCGUUAUGUGGUGGUGACAGUUGAUGAGUGCACAGCCAUCAUUAUUCAGAGUCUGGAAGAACUGAAUUGCGAGAAGGCAUCAGAUAACUUCAUUUUAAAAUUGAUAGCAUUAUCAAUCCAGUACAGUUUCUGUUGGAUCAUUUUCUACUCCAAAGAAAGACUGAAUUCAGAGUACUGCCUUACAGGAAAAACACUUCAUCAUCUAGCACUGAUCUAUGCAGCUUUGGUUCCAUUUGGACUGAAAUCUGAAGAACUGGAAGUGAAGCUUGUUAUUAUGCCAGGUGUGGAAGAAACUGCACAGCUAAUUCGCCAGAUUGCUGACCACAUCUUGAUUUCCUCUGAGAGAGAUCCUCAUGAAUGGCUGGACAAGUCUUGGCUUUCAGUUUCACCAACUAAGGAUGAAAUGUGUUUACUCGAUUUUCCUUGUAUCAAUCCCUUGGUGGCUCAGCUUAUGUUAAAUAAAGGACCUUCACUGCCUUGGCUGCUAUCAGCAACUCUCGAUCAACUUCAAGAACUUCUGCCCGAAGUUCCUUCCAAAGUGAUAAAGCACUUUUCUGAGAUUACUUCUUUGUUCAAUAUCAGUUCUUCCCUGCCAAAAUCACCUUUAAUUUCAUCAUCUCAAGAAAAUGGAUACCAAUCUGAUAACAUUUCUUCUCAAAGUUCAAUCUCAAGUUCUUCAGUAUCCCUCAUUCAAGGACAAGAUAAGUAUUAUUAUAAUUCAAAAUUACAUGAAAAAGUACUUGAAGAUUCAAGUCUGUCUUCAUAUUCUAAUUCCCUUAUAGAACCAAGUGAAAUACAAGGUAUUUUGCCAUUUUCAAAAUGUUAUGAACAAACGAACUGUUGGGAAGAUUCGGAUCUGAAUCAAUACCAACCACAGUAUGCCGAUUUUCUAAAUAACACAGAAUCCAGAAAAACAGCUGGCACUUCCUUCCCAACGCAGAAUGAUUCAGAGUCAGAUGUCUUUUCUUUGGGACUGCCUCAGAUGAAUUAUGAAACAAGAAUGACUAAGAAUGUGGCUAACUCUGAUUGUAUAAACUAUAAGGGACAAUAUACUACAAAAGGAAAAAUAAAAAAAGAAUUGAAUUCCUCCAGCUUUUUACUAGAGAAUUCGGGGUAUCCUGCUACUUGGGAUUUUAAGAAUAAUAUAUUAGAACCACAAAUCCAUCCUCACAAAUUGCAAUAUGGCAGAGAACAGACAUCUUAUUAUAUGUGGUUCUCUAAGAAAGACAAUUUAAAUACAACCUCUGACCCCUUUAUGUAUCAACAAAAUUGUCUAUCUGAUGAAUUAAAGGGCUUCAUGGAUGAUAGGCUAGAUGCUCAAACAGACAGGACUUCCUGGAAAGAAUUAACAGCUUUCUCCAAUGUGAAUUCAUCUACACAUAAUUCCUGUGCCUAUAAUUUAAAUGCAACUUCUGAAAAAUUAAAUAAUCUUCAUGCCCAGAAAACAUCUGGAAGAUAUUCAGGACAGAAAAGGCACAUUGCAACUUCAUCAAAUUUAGCAAAGAAUGAAUCAUUAACAGAUCUGAUGCAUUCACAGCAACCUCAACUCAAAAAAAGGCGACUAGUGAUUGAAAAAGUCCCUGGAAGAAAUGAUGGUCAAACACGCCUUAAGUUCUUUUGA